CGAUUAGUGUAUAAUAUACUUCAUCGUUGGAGGUGGGUGCCGAAUUGCACCUAUGCUGUGAUUCAAAAUAAGAACAAAACUAGUUAACGUUACACAACGCAUCCUUUGCCGAUGGAGGGAGAAGCUGCAGGACCAUCCAGUGGCGAGAAGAACACAUUGGAUGACGUGGUUGGAAAAUUGCUGCAAGGGUACGACUGGACGCUUUUACCAGUCACAUCGAGAGCCGGUGGUCGUCGGGGUGCCCACGUUAAAAGACCGAUGAACGCUUUCAUGGUGUGGGCUCAGGCAGCGAGAAAAAGGCUCGCCGAUCAGUAUCCUCAGCUCCACAACGCAGAGCUGUCAAAGACCCUCGGGAAAUUAUGGCGAAUCCUGAGCGAUGGAGAGAAACAACCGUUCAUCGAAGAAGCGCAAAGACUAAGAAACGCUCACAAGAAACUGCAUCCUCACUACAAGUAUCAGCCGAGGCGAAGAAAGCCAAAAGCGGACGAUCAGCCCAGCAUGAUGCUUGCGCAACGCAUCGUCCCAUCUUCAUCGAGCUUCGACUCGCCGACCGGAUCGACAGGAGACUGUGGCUACGGGCGGCUGCUGUAUCACGAGACCGGUAAGGCCUACGACCGGCCGACGACAUACUGCGCGGGGAAUCCGUCGAGGACAUACGUAGACCCACCAAUGGUGCCGUCCGCUCUCUCGCCACCAGUUAAGUUCCCGCAGCCACCCGACCACGAUAAGGUCUACACCGAAAAGGAGGCCUACGAAGGUCAGAUGCAGCCCCCGAAGUACGAACUACCGAAAGCAUAUCCCGAUUCCAAGCGUCAGGACCUGCUGCACGCUAGGUAUCACCAUCAUCACCAUCACCAUCACCAUCAUCGUCACGAGGAAAACGGCGGUGUUCCAAAGUACGUUGAGCCGCAGCCGAGGGCCUACGAUCUACCGAAAAUUACGGACACGAUGAAGGCGUACCCAGAAAACUUCAAGUACCCCCAUGACUCCAGCGCGACGAUGAAGCCGUCUUACGCUUGUCUACACAGCGAUUACUACCCCCUCGAAGGCUACGCCACCGUCCACGGCGACGGCGAUCAUCAGCCACAAGGCAUUCCUCCCGGGCACUCCUUUUACCCCUACGUAACAGCCACGGCCUCGAUUGCGCAGCCCCCCUAUUACAUGGGUCCCCGAUAACUAUGUCCGAGUGGUGGAGAAGUUUCUUUACACCUUGUAUCUGGUUCCGAGUCUUUACGCAGGGCUCGAUCUCGUAGCGAAGGAAUAUAUGCCGCUUUUGAUAUUGAAAUGUCAC